GAUCGAAGUUGGCGUCUUCAUUGGCGUUUCGGCUGGUUACCCCACGAUUAUCUUUCAUAUCACCCUUUUCAUUCUAAUCAACUAUUUUGUAGAACUCAUUCAAUACAACGUCUCCAUAUGCACCACAAAUUGCAAAUGCUACAAACAAUUGACAACCAUUUUUCCUUUCUCCUCAAUAAACUUUCUUUCAAAAAACCUUCUAAUAUAAUAUCUGCUUUUCUAUGA